AUGUGUGCACAAGAAAAAGAUAGACUCAAGGGUGACAAGUCAACUGAAGUAAAUCUUGUUCAGGCUGCCAAAGUCAUAAAUGAUGGUUCAUCAUUCACUGUUGAAAAGUCUGAAGCAUUGGAAUGUUUUAAUCUUUACAAACUAGAAGUUGAAAAACAAUUAGAGAAACACAUUAAAAUUGUACGAUCUGAUAGAGGUGGUAAGUACUUUGGCAGGUAUUCUAAAACUGGACAACAUAAAGGUCCAUUUGCAACCUUCCUUCAAGAGAAUGACAUAGGGGCACAAUACACAACCCCAGAAAUGGAAAUGGAUCAUACACUUCCACUGAAUGAUCCAAUUUCAGAUGUUGGCAUUAUAAUGGAAACUGUAACUCAAAGUCAGAUUCAUGAAGAGACAGCUAUCACUAGCAUGAGAUCCAAGCUAUGGCAGACAACAAUGGAUGAGGAAUUGGAGUCCAUGCAGAAAAACCAGGCUUCCAGACAAUGGAACAUGAAGUUUGAUACUGUAAUGUCCAAGUUUAGUUUCCAAGAAAACAAGAUAAAUGAAUGUGUGUAUCUUAAGAUAAGUGGUUCGAAAAUCAUCUUCUUAGUUUUAUAUGUGGAUGAUAUUCUACUUGCUAGUUCUGAUCUCACCUUGCUGCAAACUACCAAAGACAUGUUGGCUACAAGUUUUGACAUGAAGGAUCUAGGGGAAGCAAUGUUUGCAAUCUGGCUCAGAAAUUUGGUGAGGGGAUUAAAUGUGAUGGACAACAUUGAGAAGCCACUUAAGUUAUACUGUGACAACAAGGCAGCAGUGUUUUUCUCGAAGAAUAACAAGAGAUCACUUGCAAACAGACUUAUGGAUAUGAAAUACUUAAAGUCAGUUUCUUUGAUAUUUGAACUAUAUUUGAGAUUAUCAGUAUGGAAAUUUUACAACUGA